GCUAGGAACAUUAGUGGACACUUAACAAGAAAUUGUUAUAAAAGAUAUUUCUGAGACAGUUAAAAUUUCUACUUCAUAAAUAAAUUUCGAUUUUAACCGAGGUAAAAGAAUUAUCGUACUAUUUAUAAAACUUAUUUUAGCAGUAUCCCUCCUUAAUUAUUCAUAUACUACUAAGCAACUCAAGCACAUGUCUAUAACUGUACCAAUCAAGAAAAUAGUUCAUCGAAAUAUCGAGCGAGUGGCUAUUUCGUGUUCGUGCUCAUUGGGAAACAGCAGAAUUGAUUUGUGUCUCGCGCUUGAAGUCGACCAUCGUCAUCUCCCACGCCAGACAGCCGGAUCGGCCAGUUACCAUUGCACAAGCGAGAAGCAACAUGGCGAGCGUUCGGUGGUAGGCGGAUAUUUUGCUCGGCGCAUAAACGUCACACGUGCUGCCUGGCGACUGUCAAACUCGCAAAAAAGUCAGAGGAAUGGAGUUGUUCCGCACCGACACGCACUUCAUCUUCGUGAAGGAGAGGCACAGCCUCUGGUGCGACAAGUACACCGGCGAGUUCGCCGCAAAAUCGGAUUGGGAAUGGGCCACGCCGAAAGACUUGGAAUGCCUGGGAAUGUUUUACGGGAUAGUGGGGAAGAUCGAGCAAACGUCGGUGCUGGAACCCCGCCUGAUGCUCAUAAAGGAUGUGAUACCAGCGGGAGAGUUGCACGGUGGUCAUGUUGUCUACAGGAUCAAGUCCAUCGCGUUCCUGCACAUCGGCACAGAGAAUACAGACAUCGGUUUGCUGCCUUGUAAGAAGCAUCAGUAUGUGUUCAAGAAGAAAGGUGGUACUGGGCUGUUCGACGUACCGCAGAAAGCAGCCCUGGCGAAGACCUGGGGUACGAUCAAGAAUGCCACAAAUACCAUAAAAAAUACUACGCAGCAAGCUGCCGCGCUAGCUACGUCUCAAGUAAAAUCUACAGUAACAAAACGAAGCAUGGUGAAGGAUAAAGAAAGAUUCGAGAAGAGAAUAUUGGAAGAGUUGAAUAAAAUAUUCACCGAAACCGAUUCCUUUUUCUUCUGCCAAACUGGUGACAUCACCAACAGCCUACAACGACAGUGUAUAAUGGAAUCUCAGCAAGAGGAGGACGAUCAAAGCAAGCCAUUGUGGCAACGCGUCGAUGACAGAUUCUUCUGGAAUAAGCACAUGUUGCAUGACCUUAUCAGCCUGAAUACAGAUAAAGCAAACUGCUGGAUACUACCAAUCAUUCAAGGGUAUGUUCAGAUAGAGAAAUGCAUAGUUGAAGUAGGUUUUGAUGAACAACCGCAGCAAGAGAUAUUUAACUUGGCGAUCAUAUCGAGGAGAAGUAGGUUCCGCGCUGGAACCAGAUAUAAGAGGCGUGGCGUGGACGAUGACGGCAAGUGUGCAAAUUAUGUCGAAACGGAACAAUUGGUCUGGUAUCACGAUCAUCAAGUAUCUUUUGCGCAAGUACGAGGGAGUGUGCCGGUGUAUUGGUCGCAACCCGGCUACAAAUACAAGCCUCCACCCCGGAUUGAUAAGGACGAGGAGGAAACGCAGGUGGCAUUUGAGAAGCACUUCGGCGAGGAGCUUGCGCUGUACGGACCUAUUUGCAUCGUUAAUCUGGUCGAACAAUCUGGCAAGGAAAAAAUCGUUUGGGAGGCUUACAGCAAUCAUGUGUUUAAUUAUAAUCACUUGGACAUCACGUACACCACCUUCGACUUUCACGAAUAUUGUCGAGGAAUGCAUUUUGAGAAUGUGUCCAUUCUGGUUAACGCGUUGGCCACGUUACUGGCAGAUAUGGGUUACUGCUGGCGCGAUAAACAAGGUACGAUUUGCAUGCAAAAGGGCGUAUUCCGUGUAAAUUGCAUAGAUUGCUUAGAUAGAACAAACGUGGUGCAAACCGCUCUGGGUAAAGCUGUUAUGGAAAUGCAGUUCUCGAAAUUGGGACUUAUACCGCCCGACGGAACUCUGCCCGCAAACAUAAGACAGACUUUCCAAUUGCUUUGGGCUAAUAAUGGGGAUAUUAUUAGCAAGCAGUACGCGGGAACGAACGCUUUAAAGGGUGACUAUACGCGCACUGGGGAGAGAAAGUUUACCGGGUUGAUGAAAGACGGCAUGAACUCCGCAAACAGAUAUUAUCAGCAACACUUUAUGGACGACUUACGUCAAGCAGCAAUAGAUACGCUGCUAGGAAACCCGAUCGACGUUGCUCAACUGAACACUGAUUGGUCACACUAUUUAGAUAUUCUCGAUAAUUGCUGUCUCGAACUUAUGCCUAUAAAACCACCGAAUAUACAACUUCAACUUGCUACUCUUCCCGACUUUCUUUAUGCCACUGCCCUUUAUAAUUUGGCAAGAUAUUACUUGAAUCGUUUCAAGGAUGUCUACAGACAAGCAACAAUUGAUAUGAUGCUGGGAAAUCCGGUGAGCGAGGAAGUAUUCCAAGAACGUACCGAGGAGGAGGAUAACGCUGCGACUGCGAUUCACGUGAAAUUGUUGAUCGAGGAUUGCAAAAAAUUGCUGAUACCCGAUCCGGAAAUUAUUCUAGGCAGUUGGGGAGUCAUCGAUGCCGAUCCUGUUACUGGCGAUCCGACAGAGACGGAAAUGGACACUAUUCUAAUAUUAACUCGAGAUAGCUAUUACGUAGCGGAUUAUGAUGAUCAAAUCGAUAAAGUCACAAAUUACCAAAGAGUCCUGCUAAGCGACAUCGUAUUGAUCGAGUUCGGUCAGCCCGAAAAUACGGUGUCGUUUUUCAAGAAUAAGCACUAUCACUGCAUUCGAAUCAAUUACAAGGUCAAUGGCGAGUACGGUUACUUUCACAUGUUCCGCAGUACGAAUUUAAGAUUCUUCAAUAAUAUGGCAGUUGUAAUCAAAACUGAGGAGGAAAGCAUAGAAUCUUUAAAAGCAAUUUGCGAAGCGAUAUCAGUAACCAUGGAAAUAUCGCACUUGCCAAAGGUCCCCGUGGCCAUGAACGUUGCGUUAGACAAAAGAAAGAGUAAAUUGGUUAAUAUUAAGGGGUCUACCGGAUUACUGGACAUCUCGUCGUUCCCAGAACUGACGAGGAAUGUGUCCGAGACACAGUUGCUUGCUUUGAAAACAGCAGGUACGAAGGCUCUAAGUAACAUGUCGGAGCAAUUUAGCAAAUUGAACAAACUGAGCUUCGGCGCGAAGAAGCCGAUCGAUUUGGCCAAAAGCGUGGGCGGUAGAAAGGAAGAAAAGUUAUCGAAGCCGAUUUUCACCGUCGGCAGCAGAAAUAUCUCCGGCGACGUGAAAGAGAGGAGCACCAGUAGUAACAGCAGCAGCAGCAGCAGCAGCGGCAGCAGCAAUAGCAGCAGCGAGGAAAAUAUCGAAAUGACGCAUAUACACGUUGAGAAGCCAGCGAACUUCAGUCACGACAAGCAUUUGAUGGAGGCUUACACCCCGUCGAUCGGUAUUAUCAUGGGUGUGAAGAACACCAAUGUCGCCGAGGUUUGCGAGACCGACAUAAACGUGGAACUAUCGAUGAGGCACAGUAACGUGAACGCAGAUGCGAAACCCGAGAUGGCCAUCGAUGCGCUACAUCUGAUACCGCAGGCGGAAUCCGGCACCAGCAUCAUCAGCGCUUCGCCGCAGAGGACGACGGCGACCACGCCGGAGAUAACGGUAUACGACGUGGGCGACAGUCUGAGCGAGGAGAGAGAACGAGCGAUUCCGCCGUCGACUCUGACGCUCUCGAAAAACAUCAGCCACUCGACCGGCCACGUUGACGAGAAGGCACUGACCGUUGGUGCGAAAAACAUUGCCCUUCAGACGGACAACAGGUUGGACGAGAAGAAGAGGUCAGCUUCCGAGCAGGACCUGACGUUGAGUAUCACGUCGUCCCAAAGUGAAUCCGCCUUGAAAUCCAUAAGAGAGAAUAUCGCGAGCGUCACCAGUCCAGUGGCGUCCACGGCCAAGGAUAUUCUGCUGCCGUUCUCGAAGCUCGCUAAAGGCGUUCAAACGUUGGGCGCUAAUUUGGACCCGCGGAAGCUGAAAACCGGUCACAUGAUGCGAAAUUUGUCCGAGCAGCACAUGGAGGAGCGCCGGAAGUUGCAAGAGAAAUGGUCCACCUGUCAAUCUAGACUUAUCGCUUUGUAAAUCUUUGUUACUUGAACGACCAGCUCUCUGAACGUAAUUAUCAUUAUUAAACGUCAACUUGGAAAUUGAUACCGUGUAUCCGUAGAUAAUAUCGAAUUCGAUAUCAGUGACGUGAUUUGCGCUCUCUAAAUAACCAGCUAAAUAACGGGAGAAGAAGGGAUGGAAAUAUCACGAGAUUGUAUUAUAAAUAGUUUUACUAUGACGGAUUGCGUAGAUUAAUAUGAAGCAAAAUGUCUCACACACGUAGAGAGUAGCGGAUAAUUUCAGACACGUUUUGUAGGAAAUCUUAUAAGUCGAUCUCACGCUGCACCUAUUUCGUAUUUUUCACACUUCACGCGUAUAACGUUAUCGAUGUGAAAUAUAUAAAGCUAUUUGCUACGGGAAGGAAAGCAAUUUCUGCACUACGCAAACGAAAUACACAGAGUACAAUGUGGUCAAUAUUUAUCCAUUAACAAUUCGUUUGACGGGUUUAUAAAUACUUAAUUAACUAAUAUUUUUCUGUACUGAUAUAGAAUUGUAUUGGCUUUUACUAUUUUCUUGAUGAACUACGUAUCUACAUAAAUUUUACUACAUACCUACCGUAUUUUUUGGACAUAUUUUUGAAUGACAUUUUUAAUGACAAUUUUCUGAAAUCAUAGUCUAAUGCGACUAAAAUGCGACUGGUUUAAAAAGAAAUAUUAAUAUGUGAAUAUUUUUCAAAGAGAUCGAAUGCCUCGUUCUUACUGCGCUAAAUUCAUCCUUUUGAGAUUAUCAUUGUUUUUUAACGGAAAUAUUUUAUUCGAUUAUGUAAUGUAGAUACUGUUUUAUGUUAAAAAUAUGAUUUUAUUUCUUAAAAUGCAGGUGCGACGAUUUAUUUGUACAGAGGAAGAAGCUUCAUAGUCAAUUAUGUAAAUAUAAAAAAUUAUUUAAAUUAGUAAUUUAGUAAAAUAUAGCACUAGCGAUAAACGUGUUUGAGAUACGUGGUUACCAGAACGAAGGUACAUGUAAGAUAUAUAAAUGCAAGUGGAUAUAACUAUUGUCUUUGUUAGUUAGUUUUGCAAGAUGUAUGACAAUGUGUAACGUACUUGUUUUAAAAUCAGAGAAGUGGGUAAAAAAUUGAAAGUUUCGUUCAAUCGACGGAAUAGAUGAGUUACAAAUUCGCAAAAGCAGUAAUAACAAAAUAGUUGAUUAAUUUAAAAAAAAAUGUAACGGCAGAACUGAGUAGUGAGUUCGUGUAAGUGCGUUUGUAUUAAUGUUAUAAUUUUAGAUGCUUUAAUAGUUGUUACAAACUUAAAGUGUGUCGAGAACCAGCAAACAUACAGUAUUAUAUGGAGUAUUUACGAAACUGCAAGAUAUACUCUCCUUUAUGUGUGUACGUCAAUCAGUGACUUAGAAAAUUCGGCACAAAAGAAACAAACGUGCAAAUCUCGUAUUAAUUAUAUAGGCAACUUAUUACAUGAUUUUAUAUUUAUUGCUGAGUCAUGUAAAUAGUUAUCUCAUUCCGAUGAUUUCCAUUUCCCCGUGAACGUUUUGGAAACUCAUCGUAGCAAUUCUAAGCGUGUAAAUCGUAUUUUUAGCAGAUGUUCUUUUUACCGUAAGCGGUAGUCUGUGAUACAAUGCUUGCAGAAUACGUGCAAAUUACAAAUUCACGAAUAGGGAUUCAAAAAAUUUGUGUGUGUUCUGAAAGAUGCUUAGCGAUGCUUUAGGAUAAGAAUAUAAUUGUUUUUGAGAUAUGCCUUCUUGAGAUACUGUAAUUGCGGUUUGGUUGUACAACAUAGUGCAAAUUUAUGGUUUCCUUGUUAUCAUGAGUUGAGGAACUUUGAAUAUUUAUUUUAGAAAAAAGCAGUAAAUUUUUAUUUUGUUUAAUUAAUGCAAUAUAACAUCCAGUACAGGUUUAUUAAAUUUAUAGUAGUAUCUAUCUUCAAUAUAGAAAAAUUCACACUAUAUAAACCGAAUUGCAAAGCCUCAAAACAACUGAUUGAUUUUACCAGCAACAAAUCAUUUAAAAACUCAUUCUACUUAUUUUUUAUUUUAUUAAUUUUUAAAAGAAAACACAUUUUUCAAAACAUAUUUCUCUAUAUAUUUUAGAUAAAAAUUAAAAUAACUAGAUAACUAGAUAAAUAUCUAUGUUACAAUAAAAAAUUUUUAAUUUGGAUAUUUCUUGUACGAGAAUUCGCACAUCAGAAAACUCGUGUUUAGAGCCUAUGAAGACUUAAUAUGCCUUACACAUGUAUCUGCGCUAUUAUGUUUCCAUGAAAUUGUAAUAAAAUAAUUCGCAUACACCAAACAGCACUCGUAGAACAAAUAAUAAUAAAACAUGUUUGACUUG